AUGCGUGAGCAUAUCGCAGGCCGUGAGAUUGUUCCUUCUGAAAAAUUACGCGACGCGACGAACUCGGUUAAGAUUGGAAAUUCUAAGAAUUGCGAAAAGGAGGCACAGCUGAAAGGAGGAGUGCAACAGAGCAAAAGAAUAGCAAAUGCAAUUGUCUCCCAUGCUUUUUAUCCAUCAUCCAUGGAAGAAAAUGUUACUAUUCGCAGUAAGAGUGUGGCGUGGUCCCUAACCUUUUCGAUCCAACCAUUGGAUAUUGAGAGUGGCGGAGAUCAUGUUCUCGAGGUGCUGAGUGGCAUGGAGUUAGAAACUACUGCCAAAGAUGAUAUGAUGGCAUGUGAGGAUGAUCUUUUCGACGAGGAGCUCUUGGAUUUAGAUAAACCGUCACAUUUUACAACACUUGCAACAACAUCAAAGGACAAACCAACUUCAAAAGAGGCAAAACAAAGCAGCAAUGGCAUCGACGCACAACCAAGGAGACAAAGACAACAAAAGGCAGUCUCACCAUAG